AAACAAAACAAAACAAACAAGCAGCUGCACAAUGUGUUGCGGCGCAGGCUUGGGGAACGGCGUCGACUGGUGGACAUGCUGAGACUGGUUGGGGAGCGGCUUCAGCUCGGCAACACCUCCGUUCAUCUGGCCGUGAGGCUGCUGGAUCUCUUCAUGGACAACCACCGGGUAGAGGUGGCGCACCUCAGCCUGGUGGCUCUCGGCUGUCUCCUGCUGGCCACGAAGUUCGAGGACCGUGACCUGAAUGUGCCGCAUGUGCCGGAGCUCCAUCGGCUCGUACCGCAUUGCUACCCGCUGAGAGACUACCGUGCAGUCGAGGCCAUCCUGCUGGAGUUCUUCAGCUGGAACCUGUCGCUGGUGACGGUGGCGCACUUCGUCGAGUUUCUGGCGACGCGCGUGCUGGGCCGUGGUGACCUGGUGCGCGGCGCGGAGCUGGUGGGUACCGCCAGCGCGCUGACGCCGCCCCCGGACCACCCGUCGACAGGGCCGCCGCCUCCGACCUCCGGCGCCCAGGCGCUGCGGAACGCCCUGCUGGAACGGCUGCAGUACUUCAUGGAUCUAGCACUUCAGGACGAGCAGUUCAUGCUGCACCGACCGUCGGUGGUGGCGUGCGCCUGCGUGCUGGCCGCGCGCAGCCGACUGGGAGUGUGGCCAGCCUGGCCGGCCGAGCUGAGCCGCCUCACCGGCUACUCGGACGCCAGCCUGCUCUCCUGUCUACACUCACUCUUCAGGGCCGCGUUUGCUGAUGAGAGGGCUGUCUCCGCGAAGACUGACGAUUGGAGCGGAUCGGAAUGAAGCAGUGAAUUAUAAAAUUGGCAUGAGAAGUGACGCAUGUGCCAGUAUCUAUUGAAUACCAUUUGUAUGCUGUUGCUAUUUAUUACAAGAAGUAUGUUAUUGUUAUUUACUACAAAGAGUGGAUACAUUUCUGCCAUAACUAAGAAAAAUAUAACUGGCCACGAGAAAAAUUCAAAGAUCCUCCUGGUCAGAGCACAACAA